CAGCCGCCAUUGGAGACACCUUCGCCCUUAAAUAUAUCUUCCAAGGAACAGAAUCACUCACUCACCACACCUCUACCCUCGCCAACCCCCCAAAAUGGACCCCGUCCCCCUCUCCGCCGCCGCCCGCCUGCGGUCCCACCUCUCCGACCCCACCCAAACACUGAUCUGUCCGGGUGUCUACGAUGGCCUCACCGCGCGCAUCGCCUUAAACGAAGGCUUCACGCACCUCUACAUGACUGGCGCGGGCACAGCCGCGACUCGCCUCGGCGCACCCGAUCUCGGUCUAACGACCCUGAACGACAUGGUCGAGAACGCACGCAUGAUCGCCUCGCUGGACCGCACGGUCCCCGUCAUCGCCGACGCGGAUACAGGGUACGGUGGCCCGCUGAUGGUCGCGCGGACCGUACAGGCGUACAUGACCGCCGGGGUGGCGGGGAUGCAUCUCGAAGACCAGGUUGUUACGAAGCGGUGUGGACAUCUCUCUGGGAAGGAGCUGGUUAGUGAGGAGGAGUAUCUCGCCCGUAUCCGGGCGGCGGUUAUGGCGAGAGAGGAGCAGAGAGAAGUGUGGCCGGGGUCGGAUAUCGUGCUUAUUGCGAGGACGGAUUCGUUGCAGAGUCUCGGGUAUGAGGCUGCUGUUGGGAGACUGAAGAAAGCUGUGGAGGUUGGUGCGGACGUGGCGUUUUUGGAGGGCAUGACCAGUCUCGAGCAGUGUGGGAGAGUUUGUCGGGAUUUGGCACCCACCCCGGUGUUGUUGAAUAUGGUUGCCGGUGGGAUCACCCCGGAUUUGAGUGCGGAUGAGGCGAGGGAGUUGGGAUUUCGCAUUGUGAUUUUUCCGGGGGUGUGUUUGGGGCCGAUUGUGGAGGAGGCGAGUAGGGCGUUGAGGAGGUUGAGAGUGGAGAGGAGGAAUGAGGUUAGUGAGUUUCAGAAGAGGAUGGGGGUCAAGGGGUUCUAUGAUGUUGUGAGGUUGGGGGACUCAUUGGCGUUUGAUAAGAGGGCUGGAGGGAGUGCGUUUGAGAAUGGGGUGUAAGGGAUUAUGUGGGUUUAUUGUGACUAGAGUGUCAUCUUUAAGGCAUGGAGUCUACA